ACCACGCACUGAGGAAGAAAAUGGUUUUGCAUUUUUUUUUUUUACUAUAUACUGUACCGAAAACGUACCGAACCAUCACCCCAGAAACCAAGAUUACCUUCUACGAGGACAGGAACUUCCAGGGUCGCUCCUGGCAGUGCAUGGGAGAUUGCGCUGACUUCUCUUCCUACCUGAGCCGCUGCCACUCCUUCAGGGUGGAGAGUGGUUGCUGGAUGAUGUACGACCAGUGCAACUUCAUGGGCCACCAGUACUUCAUGAGGAGGGGCGAGUACCCUGACUACAUGGGCAUGUGGGGAUGGAACAAUUCGAUCCACUCUUGCCGCCACAUUCCCAUGCACAGAGGAAACUACAGAAUGAGGAUGUACGAGAGGGAGAACUUCGGUGGUCAGAUGCAUGAGUGUAUGGACGACUGUGACAACAUGAUGGAUCGCUACCGCAUGAACCACUGCCAGUCUUGCCACGUGAUGGAGGGCAACUGGCUCAUGUAUGAGCAUCCCAACUACAGAGGAAGACAGUGGUACUUCCCUCCUGGAGAGUACAGAAACUAUAGAAACAUGGGAUACCCCAACAUGAAAUUCAGUAGCAUGAGGCGUAUCAUGGAUUCCUGGUACUAAGCACUUGA